ACAAUUGGGUACAUUGCGUGGAGAGAGAUCAUGAAAUCAUGAUUUAGUUCGCGGGUGACCGUCGUCAGGAACGCGUGCGUCGCCGUGUAAAAUACCACACUCAGUCACAACAGUGUCUUCUGUCCAUCGAGGAAUUCAGCAACAAGAGCAAAAAGGAUUUAGUUAUCCUUUUUCCUUCGAAAAUAAACGUACAACAACAACAAAAAAAAAAACAGAGAAAAUAAUUGAGAGGACUGAUAAUAAUCCUCCGUUUCCGUUCAGUUUCGUGUCUAAUUUUCGAUACCCGCAGACGGCUUCCACACUUAGUUGUGUACCUGUUGAACAGAGGGAUUAGAUAAUAAAGAUGCCGCGCCACAAGGAGUCCUUCCUCAGGUCAAACCUGCUGACGAUAUUGACGGUGUGCGGUGUGCUCGGAGGCACGCUCCUGGGAUGCAUCCUGCGGUCGACGCAGGAGGAGAAAUGGACGCCGCGUCAGGUGAUGUACCUUCAAUUUCCUGGAGACAUUUUCCUGCGGAUGCUAAAGGCCUUGAUCAUCCCGUUGCUGGUGUCUUCGGUGAUCGGCGCCAUAGGGUCGUUAGAUCUGAGCCUCUCCAAGAAAAUCGCAAUGCGGUCCAUCUUGUUUUACGCGACAACGACGGUGUGUGCCGUUAUCCUGGGCAUCAUCCUUGUCGUCACGAUUCGUCCCGGAACCAGCGCAGCUGCUGAUUACAAGGAUGUGGUCAGUGUUUCCAGGCAGACCGCUCGGCACGUCCUCACACAGGACACCCUGCUAGACUUGAUCCGAAACCUGUUCCCACCGAAUCUGGUACAGGCCACAAUCGCCCAGACUCAGACCAAGUUGGUGAUGCCCGAAAAUGCAACAGGCAUUCCUUUGGAGCAAUGGAAAUUCUAUGAGUCAUACGAAGGGACAACGAACGUUUUAGGUAUGGUGGUCUUCGGUGUGGUCAUGGGUAUAAGUUUGGGAACGAUGGGUGAGAAGGGAAAGCCGCUGCUGGUGUUCUUCGAGACUUUGAGCGAGGCCAUGAUGAUCAUCACCAGUUGGGUUAUUUGGAUCUCUCCGCUCGGUGUGUUCUUCCUGGUUUCCGCUAAGGUGAUGGAAACCGAGAGUUUCGGGGAAUUGGUUGGUCGCCUCGGUAUGUACUUUAUGACGGUGAUGUUGGGAUUAUUCCUGCACGGCUUCGGUACUCUCUCCGUGAUCUAUUUCAUUUGUACGCGAACUCUGCCCUUCAAGACCAUCGGCAAACUCAGUCAGGUCCUGGUCACAGCCUUCGGAACAGCUUCCAGUUCUGCAACGAUGCCUAUCACCAUCCAAACACUAGACAGGAUGGGAGUCGACCCGAGGGUCACCAGGUUUGUGAUCCCAGUCGGAGCAACUAUAAACAUGGAUGGAACUGCUCUGUACGAAGCCAUCGCUGCAAUUUUCAUCGCUCAAUUCAGAUCGAUUCCACUUAGCUUCGGACAAGUCGUUGCUGUCAGCAUAACCGCAACAGCGGCUAGUAUAGGUGCAGCCGGCAUUCCGCAAGCCGGUCUCGUAACCAUGGUAAUGGUAUUGGAUACCGUGGGUCUACCAGCCGAAGAUGUCACCCUGAUCCUAGCCGUCGAUUGGCUGCUCGAUCGCUUCCGUACGACCAUCAACGUGAUGUGCGACUCCCUGGGUGCCCGAUUGGUUGAUAUGCUGAGCAAAGGAGAGCUUGGCAAAUACGACGACAACGACAAGAACAACGCAGAUCCUCACGAGCUCGUCGAAAUCGCAAAGGACACUCGAAUUUAAAGGAUUCACUCACUCAUUAUAAAAAAAAAAAAACGAAUGGACAACGCGAACAGAGGAAGGAAGGACAAAAGAAACUGAAAUAUUAUAUAUUUUUAUUUUUACAUAAUUUAUUAUUAGCGAGAUGAUUUCGUAUAGAAAGCAACUGCCAAACAAUACGGACGUGAUCAUUCGGACGAUUUUCUCCUACUCUUAUCAAAUCGCAUAUGAAGGAUGAAAGAAAAUCAUUCGAAUAAAAGUCUCGAAAUCAAAUUCUGUUCAAUCUUGGUUUGACAUCUGUCAAUGACGUAAUACGCCAUUUGUGUUUCAACAAAGCUAAUCACCGAUUUAAUUUGUGCAUGUACGAUUAGACAAUGUGUAAUAUAUAUAUUAUAUAUAUAUACAGUAAAUGGAAAUAAUUGUUUUUACGAUUAAUAUUAGUGUAAUAUAUAUAUAUAUAUAUACAUAAGUUAAGUAAUCUUGAGUUACUUACUUUAGUUGCAACCCGUCUCCCUCUUGAAGGCACGGCUAUUUUUAACUCGAAUUACUUUUAGAAUU